CGCAUGGCCGGCUCCGGGACCACGCGGCCCGAGCCCGGCCUCCCCUUCCCCGCAGAUUCCGACAGUCGUGAUUGUAUCUUGGAGCCCCUGUCCCUGCCAGAAAGUCCAGGUUGUCCCACUGCCCUGGAAGUAUCUCUGUCUGUGCCCUGCAUCUUCUGUGAGGAACAUUAUCCUGGAGCCGAAAAAGACAAACUGCUGAAACACAUGAUUCUCGAGCACAAGCUGGUCAUAGCCGACAUCAAAUUGAUUGCUGAUUUCAGAAAGUACAUUCUCUACUGGAAGAGGAGGUUUGUUGAGCAGCCCAUCACCGAUUUCUGUAGUGUAAUAAGGACAAAUUCACAAGCCCCACCAGAGGAGCAAGAACAUUACUUUUUGUUGUGUGAUGUUUUACCAGAAGACAGAAUUCUCAGAGAGAAACUACAGCAAAAGAGAUUGGAAGAAGCUCUGGAGCAGCAGCAGCACGAGAGAGAUGACACCAGUUUCCGGGGCAUGUGCAUGUUCUGCCCCAAAGAGUUCUCGGGGAACAGGUCUAUCCUUCUCAACCACAUGGCGAGAGAGCACGACUUCAACAUGGGGCUGCCCGACAACAUCGUGUACUGCAGGGAGUUCCUCGCUGCACUCCAGGAAAAGCUUGACAGCCUGCAGUGCCUGUACUGUGAAAAGACAUUUAGAGACAAAAAUACCCUGAAAGAUCACAUGCGAAAGAAGCAGCACCGCCGGAUCAACGCGAAGAACAAGGACUAUGACCGAUUUUAUGUUAUCAAUUAUUUGGAACUUGGGAAAUCCUGGGAAGAAGUUCAGUCAGAAGAUGAUCGGGAGCUGCUGGACCUGCAGGAAGAGGAUUGGUCUGACUGGGAGGAGCGUCCUGUUUGUGCUGUUUGUCUGUUCUGUGAAGAGCAAGCCGACACCACCGAAAAGCUACACGGCCAUAUGCAGGAUGUCCAUGCAUUUGAUCUCCACAAAAUCAAGUCUGAGCUCGGUCUAAACUUCUACCAACAAGUGAAGCUGGUCAACUUUAUCCGGCGGGUGGCACACCAGGGGCGAUGCUACGGCUGCCAGAAGAGCUUCGGCUCCAAGGCCGACCUGAGGGCCCACAUGGAGGAGGCCGGACACCUGCUGUCUCUGCCAGACCAGAACACCUGGGACCAGCCUCAGUACUACUUCCCAACCUAUGAAAAUGACAGCCUUCUGUGCACUCUGUCUGAUGGGGAAGGGGACCGAGCCACUGAAGACACCAUUGUAGAGGCACCGGUGAUCAGCGAGGAUGUUUCCAGGCUGCAGGCUCUAAGACAGAGCAGUGUUUUGAACCAGUUGCUGCAGGGAAGGGCUUUGGACAGCUGAAAGAAGCUACAUCAGUGGGAGAACCAGACAUGGAUUCCUUUUGGGAGGUUUCAGCCUGCCCAAGGGUCAGCAGGGUCAGCUGUGCACAUUGGACAGUAAUUCCCAAAAAAUGAACCUGCUUCUAAGAAGGCCCAAAUAAAGAGGUGGAGGCAACCAUCUCAUUUUGCAUAGUG